GCUCUCGUCGCCCUCUCCCCUUCCUGAGAGACCGAUUCCCCUCCCCGGCAGGAACCAUUUCUAGGCGGGGCAGCUUCCCUCCGCGGCGGAGAGAGGCGAGAGGGAGGCGGAACGGCUCCGCCACAGCCAGCUGCCCUCGCCCGCCCGCCCUUCUGGCAGCCCAAAGGCCCCGAGCGGCGGAAACGGCAGCCAUGGCCGCCCUGGACUUGGAGGCGGCGCGGGGAUCCCUGGGCUCCCUCCUGCGGGAUUUCCCGAGGCCGCUGGGCCCAGACGACGCCUUGCCGUGGAGUCCUCUCGGCCGGGGUGGCGACCUCAGCCAGGCCGAGGCGCCCGCGGAGAUGGGGGAGUUGGCCCGGAGCUUUCUAGGCAGCAGGAACGUGCCACCUCUUCUUGCGGCAUCUCUGAUUCACGCAGCAAUCAGUGAUCUGCUGCAGGCCGAUCUCAGUGAUUUUAAAAAGCAGCGCGUGGAAGGAGAAGAAGCCGGAGAUCCUGCGAUGUCUUUCUUGCUUGAUGGAGGCCCCUUGCAGCACCAUUUCUUUAACAAGCUCUGGGACGUCUGUUGCAAAUGGCAGAAACAGCUUCCACCACUGAAACCCCUUGAACGCUACCUCCAGAUCUCCACCCACGCAACACGCAAUUCCCGCCGGAAGAUGGAGGACAGGCAUGUUUCUCUUCCAGAAUUUAAUCAGCUGUUUGGCAUGAUGGAUGGUGUGGACAGAGCAUACUUUGCUGUGUUUGACGGUCACAGUGGGGUCGACGCCGCUAAUUAUGCAGCAGCUCAUUUGCAUUUCAACAUCGCACAUCACCACGAGAUUGUGAAAAAUCCAGCAGAGGCCUUGAAAGACUCUUUCCAGAAAACAGAUGAAAUAUUCCUUUCUAAAGCCAGAAGAGAGAAGCUGCGUAGUGGAAGCACUGGAGUGGCUGCCUUGAUUGUGGGGAACAAGCUCCACAUUGCUUGGCUGGGAGACUCCCGUGUCAUGCUUAGUGCAAACAGGAAAAAAGCCAUAAACCCUAAUGUGGAUCGGCUCACAAGCUCAGAGAGAGAGGAUGAGAGACAACGGAUUGAAGCCUUAGGGGGCUGUGUAACCUAUAUGGACUGCUGGCGUGUCAAUGGAACCUUGGCUGUCUCCAGAGCGAUUGGUGACCUGUUACAGAAGCCUUAUAUCUCUGGUUGCGCAGACGGUGCGUCGUUCGAGUUGACGGGCGCUGAAGAUUACGUGCUUCUGGCCUGUGAUGGGUUCUUUGAUGCCAUCAGACCCUUUGAGGUGGUGGACCUCGUUCUGGAGCACUUAACCCAAAGCCAAGGGGAUGGCCUUAAGGCUGCCGAGAGGCUGGUGGCCGCGGCCAAAGAGAGUGGCUCCAGCGACAACAUCACGGUCCUGCUGGUGUUCUUGCGGGAGCCCCGGCACGUCUUGGCCGAUUGCCUCAGAGACCCCAAAAGCUGCUCUGCUGAGGGUGGUGCACCAGACCCGCCCUUUAACUUUUUCAGCUCUGAAGUAACAGGGUAGAGGCCACAACCAAAUCCACUCAAACUACAACAUCCAAAUGCACGCAAGUAAAACAGACCUCUUAACACUGGCGACAAAGACUAUUGAGCAGUGGACAAAAUGACCCGACUGCAUUUGCUCAAGUGUCCAGGUUUUCACAGUCUAGAUGGACAAAGCAGCCUCAUGUCACAGCGGGGUAAGCUGCAGUACUGCAGUCAAAGUUCUGAUCACGACCUAAGUUUGAUCCCAAAGGAAGUCAUUUUAAGGUAGCUGGCUCACAGUUGACUCAGCCUGUCAUCCUUCCGAGGUUGGUAAAAUGAGUACCCAGCAUUCUGUAAAUGACUGGGGAAGGCAGUGGCAAACCACCCCCAUAAACAAAGUUUGCUUAGCAAACAUCAUGAUGUGAUGUCACUUCAUGUCUCAGUAAUGACCUGGUUCUUUCACAGGGGACUACCUUUGCCCUUACCUAGAUGGACAGACUUGCAUCUAGAUUGUGUGGCUUCAGUGCAGAUAAGGGUUCACUGGACAGCUCUGCAAACUUCUUCUCUUCCCCCAUCCCCAUAGAAAAUUAACAUGUCAGGGGAAGGGAUUUCAGCGUAGCUUUCUCCCUGAUGUGCUGCUUUUUUCUUUAUGGGGAAAUUUGUAUAAUGGAGCUCUCAAUUAUGUGAGCUUUCCUUCUGUAGUCUGAUGCAGCCCAGAUGCUGUGAACUAAACCUCAAGAGAGCUUGUGCUUUUACAGUCUCAGUUGUUAGCUCUGAGCCAGGCUCACAUGUCUUCAGAGGUGGUGAAGACCAUAUAAGCUAUAGAUGAACACUUGGGACUCUCUGGGAUCAUUUGGAAUAGCACUUAAAGAGGAUUGCAUUUAGCUGCUUAUUAUUAUGUCUGUGAAUAAGCUACCGUUGCCACCACCAAAGACUUACUAAUUCCUGUGUACAGAUUCAGUGUUAAAGUGUUGGAGAGCAGGCUCUUAUACUCUAGUCCAGGGGUGGCCAACUUCCAGAUGUUCAUGGACUGCAAUUCCCAGCCAGCCCCAAUUGGCCAUGCUGGCAGGGGCUGAUGGGAAUUGUAGUCCAUGAACAUCUGGAGCACCAUAGGUUGGCCACCCCUACUCCAGUCUAUAACAUGAGCCAAAGCUCUCCCCUUGCUUCACUGCAUACCAAAGAAAGAAAGUGAAUAAUGUGUUUGUGAAGCUUAAGGGAAAAGCGAUUUAAAUGAAAAAUGUCAGCAACCAAUAAUCCACUAAGACGCCAAACCUCAAAUUCCUCUAUGGACGAGCAGUUGCCCGUAAACUUCAUGGCGGCAAUGGAAAUGCAGCUGAUUCACCAAAUGAAAAUUCCUACACAAGUCUCAUUUGUUCUCUCGAGUCUGCAAAAUAACAAGUUGUGGCUUUUCAGAGUUUUGGUGUAUCCUUUUGUCAUCCAGUUGGAGGAAGGAUGGAAACCUGUGUUCCUGUCUUCCCAUGGUGAAGUAUGUACAAAAUUAAGUAUUUGGGGGAUGUUUUAUACUGUUUUUCUGUGGUUGCAAAUUUUUAUGUUUGGAGACUUUUUAAGCAUUGUAUUUUACAAAAUGCUAUAUUUAAAUCAGGUUUUAGAUGUACAUAGGUUAUUUUUUUCUUGGUUUUGCUGUUGGUUUUUUUUAAGAGGCCAUUCUCAAGUGCCACGUGCCCUUCUGACAAGGAUGGGAAAGGGCUGCUUUUUUCCUAUAAUAUUGUAUGGAGCAUGUGCUAAUGUCAUAUGCAUUUAGGCACUUAAACUAUACCUAUUUUGAUGUAUGCAACAAUUGAAUAUAGUUCCCAAACAUUUCCGUUCCCCACCAUAGCAUAGUGGUUAAGAGCAGGUGCACUCUAAUCUGGAGAACUAGGUUUGAUUCCCCGCUCUGCCACUUGAGCUGUGGAAGCUUAUCUGGUGAACUAGAUUAGCUUAUG